UUGGCUCCGCUGCUGCCUCCUUCUUGCGGCUCUCGCUUUCACUGCCGAAGAAUUGGUCUGGCUCGAGCACGACACACGGACAGACAGAUAGACAGACAGAGAAGCCCGGCCCUGCUUGCACCUCUCGUUGGGGAUUUCUCUGGAACCUGCUUUUGCGCUCUUCGGGACGGCGAGCUCGUCCGGGAUUGCGCUCUGCGAGGGUUGUUUCAGCGCUCGCGCUAUCAUUUUCGGUCGGGCGGAGGUGCGUGCGACGAGUGGCGGGUGGAGCCUGAGCGCCGUGUGUGGAUGGAGAUGUGAAUUGGGAAAUUGGACUUGAUUUGAGGAGUGUCGGGAGCUUUAGGGUUUUAGGAAUUUGCGCUUUAGGGUUUAGAGAUUUGGCAGGGUGAGGAUUUUUUGUGAGUAGCUAUGGCGGUCGCGACGAUGCCCGGCGCUUUGGCGUGCUCUUCUUUCACCGCUUUGUCGGCUUCUCGUGGUGUGUGCUCGCCUGCCCGCACCUCCUUGGCUCUGUCGGGGUCGAGGCCUAUCACCUCGCUUGCUGCUCAAAGUUUCCGGGGCGUGACAUUCAACCGAAGUUCUAGACUAUGGCGACCGGUCAUGGUUGCCCAGAAAGCUUCACAGACCGAAACUGAGGAGGACGAAGAGGAGAAGGAAGUUGUCGAGGAGGAACCGGAAGAAACAAAUGGUGUAGCGUACCCGACUCUUUUGCAGGAACUUAGAGAUGCUUUGGCUGCAAAUGAUGAGGCCAGUAUUGCCAGUCUAGAAGAACAGCUGAAGGCAAUAGGAGAGGAAAGGGAUUCGCUCGGUAAAUUAGUUAACACUCUGACAGAGGAGAUCCAGACAGGAAAGGAGCGGUUCCUUCGACUGAAUGCUGACUUCGAUAACUUCAGGAAGAGAGCUGAUGCCGAGAAGUCGCAAAUUUCUAACAACGUCAGGGGAGAUGUUAUUGAAUCGCUGCUACCUAUGGUGGAUAAUUUCGAGAGGGCUAAAGCUUCCAUUAAGACAGAAACAGAGGGAGAGCAAAAGAUUGAUAGGAGCUAUCAGAGUAUCUACAAGCAGUUUGUAGAGAUCAUGAAAAGUCUUGGCGUGGUUGCCGUGGAGACUACUGGCAAGGCGUUUGACCCCAAUUUGCAUGAGGCGAUCAUGAGGGAAGAGUCUACCGAGUUCGAGGAGGGUAUUGUGCUGCAAGAAUUCCGACGUGGUUUUGUUAUCGGAAGCAAGCUAUUGAGGCCUGCUAUGGUUAAAGUGUCAGCUGGACCCGGCCCAGAAAAGGAAGCUGCAGAGGCUGUAGUGGAGGAACCCUCUGAGGAAGUCAUUGACGUCGAAGCCGAGUAGAUGAAAAACCAUCACCCUCUUUAGUUGAUCUCCAGAAUGCGACCAGCAGAAAGGUUGAGUUCUUAGAAUUUUGAAUGAUCUGAUGAAUCACUCACUUAUACGAAGAGUUGAUUGCUCCUUGACAGAGUCUGAUAGUUAUCUGUUGUAUACUAGGUCCAAGGGAUCAUGUGAGUGCAAUGCAAUGUGAUACCUGGUGUGGACGACUAGAUUUUGUUUCAAUAAUUAUUUAAUUUUUUUCCUCUUAGGGUGAAAUGCCGAGGAACGAGGUAUAGAUUUAAACGUCAGGACAGUAUGGAGCAAUCAAUAAAGGAAAAAACGGUGCCACGGAGCUAGAGCAUUGCGAACACUAGGUUUUGUUUGGCUGUUCAGAGGGUCUGGUUGAAGUAUCAAAUCCCACCAGUUGAGUGCAGAAACGAAUAAAAAGAAUCCAUGCUUUUUGAAACCAUCGUUAUCUCAAUAAAAUUCAAGCAC